AUGGAACCGCUUAAGGAAAAUCAGAACCCAAAAACGCCCGGAACGAACAACGUUAAGAAAAGGCCGUCUUUGGCUAGUCCAUUUUCAGCUGCCUCACCUAGUGUUCGUCCACUUCAGAAAAAGGAGAACAGCAGCUGCAGUGUAGUUCCUGAUAGUAAUCUUGAAGGAACUCGUGUAGAGUCAACAGUUUACGAGCAAGAUUUGACACAAGCAACGUUUUUUGAGGAACUGAAUUAUGCCACUUAUAAAACGAUCUUUUCUACAAAAUUUGAAGGCGGUCAAUUUAAUAAGAAGAAAAGCGGCUUCUGCGGUGUUGUUGACGGUAAUCUUGAAGAAACUGCUGUCGAGUCGACAGUUAGUGAGGAAGAUUUGACUCAAACGAUGGGUUAUGAGGAACUCGACGAUGCCAUUAAUAAAACGAUUUCUUCUCUACAACUUGAGUGCAGUGAAUUCGAUAAGGAGAAAGGCAACCACAAUGAUCCUGUUGAUGGUAAUCUUGAAGAAACUGCUGUCGAGUCGACAGUUUUUAAGGAAGAUUUGACGCAAACGACGGGUUGUCAGGACCUCGACGAUACUAUUAAUAAAACGAUUUCUUCUCUACAACUUGAGCGCAGUGAAUUCGAUAAGGCAUCAUUUAGCUCAUCACUCAUGGAUGAUAACUCAGUGUUAGGGAUAAACCUUCCAUCGCUAACCGAGCGGCAAUCAGGCUUGAAGAGAUCACUUUCACCGAUUGCUUGUCUAUCGAAAAGGGAUAGCAGCGCAUCAUCUUCCUCUACUUUAGCUCCUUUGCAUCUAUCUACUAGGCAAUCUCCAGUUUUUUCGACAGAUAGAAAGUACAAUCUAAAUGAUUCUGACAUUUCUUUCUUAAUUAAUGAGAACAGAGUGUACGAUAUGGCUCUUCGUAAAACUUCUAUUUCUUCACACGAGACUGAGCAGCUCAAGAAAAAUUUGAUUGCCUUGGAAGAAGAAAAGUCUAUGGUUCUUGAGCAGUUACGAUCGCUGUCUGUUGAAUUAGAAAAAUAUAGAACAAAAUCCACCAGUCAGGACUCCGAAAUUCUAGAAGCUAAUAGGAAAUUGGAUGAGCGGGAACGAAUUGAAAUAGCCCUGAGACAAAGUGAGAAGUGCCGGUUAGAAGCUUCUACACAGUGUUCUGCCAUCGAAAAUGAACUGAAUACCGUUAGGGUGAAAUUGGAUUCACUUGAACAAGUCGAGGCAACCGUGGAGAGGUUGAAGAAUGAGUGUGCUGUUCUUCAAGAGCAACUCUGUGCUGAAAAAUUGGGUUAUGAUGUUCUUAACAGAGAAGUUGAGCAAUUACGGCGGGAGAAAAAUGCGUGCAAUGAGGCGAUCGAGCAAGUCAGUUUCGCAUUAAAAGAAGCAGAAACUCGAGCUAGUAUUGCAGAAAAAGAUCUACUGAACCAUACUAAGUGUCAUACGGAGGAGUUGCGUUCGCGUAUAGUUGAAUUGGAAACUCAGAUAGCUGCAUACCCGGUUGAAAGGGAAUGUCUUGAAAACAAACUUGCCGAGCAACUGAAGAAGGAAACGUUAGCUUUGGCAAAGAACGAAAAGACUAUGGAAGCACUUGAAAAAGCUGAAGCAGAAAUAGCAGACCUUCGGAAAGCAAAAGAUGAUCUGCAGAACGAAGUGAGGUUAAUGAAAGAAUCACAUGAAGAUUACAUUGCUAGGACAGAGAAGCUAGCUGCAACAGUGGUGGAACUUGAAGUGCAGGUCGAUUUGUUGCAAUGUGAAAGAGACGAACUGAAGGACAAGAUGGUUGUUGCGGACGAAAGACAUGAGAAGGCUAUUGCCAAUGCCGAAGAAAUGAUUGACUCACUCAAAUCCGAUAUUGAGAGUGGUUUAUCUGAACGAGAACUCCUGUGCAACAGAUUAGCCGCAGCGGAAAAUUCCAAAGGAAUUCUGGAAAGGGAUUUCGCUGAGAUGCGGAACUCUAUGAUGGAGCUAGAGUCGACCAUAGACAUGUUAAAAUCGGAAGUUCGUAGUAAAAGUGAAGAACUUGCUGCUGCAAAUGAUAAGCUCAAGGCUGAGAUUGCCACAAAUGCGCAGACGGCUAACGCAUUCACUUCACUUGAAAAAGAACACUUGCGACUUAAAAAAGAAAAGGAGACAUUUUACGUAGAACUUGAAGAGCAGAGGAAAUGCUAUGCAUUCGAAGUUCAGACAGCACAAAAGUUGGAAGAGAUGACGAAGGAAAUAUGUCGAAUGGAACAGGAAAUUUGUGAAAGCAAAGCGUCACGGGUCGAAGCGGAUAUGCAGCUCACUCAGCUGCACAAGAGGUGUGGAGAACUGGCGGCAGAAAAACAGCAGUUAGAAGCAAGGCUCUCCAAUCUUAUUCCUAGCGCCGAUCACAUUGAACAAACGGCAAAGAGACCAAGUAAUUUCGAUGAAGAACUCAAGAAACUCAGGAAGCAACUCGAAAUAAAAACACGCGAAAUUGAUCGAUUAGCAGGGUUAUGUGAUGAAUUCGAUGAAAUUGAGGAUAACUAUCGGCGAGAGCUUUUUGCUGCGAUCAAAGAAAGAGAUCAGCUAAAAGCACAACUCAGUGCACUCAAAUCUCCGGAGGAUCCUAAUUUGGAAGUAGCAUUUACGGAAGGAAUGGAAGCGUUGACUCUGGAAACGUCAUUUGGCCACAGCAAUUGUGAUGUAAAUAUAUGUGAUGAGGCCGACGAAUCUGAAGAGAGGAUGAAAAACGAAAUAACCGAACUUAAAAAACAAGUUGCCGCUCUUAGAGGAGACCUAACUCGUAUUUUCAGCGUUUGCGUUCCUUCAAGCGAUAUGUGUGGAGAUGGCAUUAAGGUUGCAUCAUCUUCCCAGAAAUUGCUUCCGGAUGCACAUAAUGUAUCGGCUGGUCCCGCUAUUGAGGGAAAGCGGAUGGCACCGUUAAAGGUAAGGAAAUCUUACACUCGUAGCUCAGAACGAGGAUGUUGGGAGGUGAACAGUGAGCAAAAAUCUGCUCCUAUUAUGAUAGAGAGAAGCGAUCAAUAUUCUCUCGGAAAGUGGCUUUCUGAGUCACUGUCAUGUGAUUUUUGCUUCUCAUGA